AUGGAUAAAACAUCUGAUAUUGGCGCACCAACUCAAGAAGUAAUGUACACAUUUCGUUUUGGUACUUCUAAGGAAACUGUUCAACUUACUCAACAACAACUCGAUCAUUUUCCUUAUUUGGUCGCUCUUGUCACUCAUGCAGAUGAUUUCAUGUCUGGUAAAAAUGAAACUGGUGAAUAUGUGUUGGGUUCACAAAUUCGUCAUAACUGGUUUAUGGCUAUCUUUCGAUCAAUCACUACCGAACAUUCAUCUGCUUUAUUCACUGAAUUGCCACAAGAAGCGAAUGUAUUUGGCUUGCUUCAGUUAUAUGAUUAUCUAUGUAUAGAUCCUUUACCUGUUCCUCUUUUGAAAGACAAACAUCUAGUUCGAUUGAAUUCUAAUAAUAUUCCUAAUGAAAAAACCCGUAUUGAAUAUCGUCGGGCGAAGAACCUGUUGGAAGUACGUGAUACAGCUGUUCAAUUUAUUAUUGCUCUUAUCCGAAAUGAAUACAAUUUAGAUGAUUCUAACACGUUAGGCGGUAUCUAUUCUCUUAUCAUGGCCAUUCUCUUAAAUCCUAAAGUUUUCGGUUUACGAUUGUGUCAUCAUACAUUGAUAGUGGUAAAAAAAUUCUAUUUUUCACUUUUUUCUUACAAGCAACAAAUUAAAUUGGAUAAUGCUCAAGAAUCUCUUCAACGUAUUAAAGCGAAGUCUUUGACUUAUUUAUACGAUGAUCACCAACCACUUCCUGAGCACUUUGACAAUGACUUUGCUCUGCAAGGUAUUUAUGUGGUAAUAGAAGAAAAUAUUAAUACUAAUUAUGGUUGGAAAUUUAACAAAGAGAUCAUUCAUGAUGAACAUAAUUUUAGAUAUGACUCAUUGGAAACUAGGACUCUCUAUAUAGAAAAUUACUAUAUAAAUUGGUUUCAGACAAGAUUCUUCGAUGAAUACGCACCGUUGUUAGCUCAUUGGCACCGUUUGGAAUACAAUCUGCGACGAGAACUAGAAAAUUACCAACGUCAACAGGAACAUUAUUUAUUGCAAUAUAUUCGUUCAUCAAUAAAUGUAUCCAUUUUGUAUGAAUUAUUACCAGUUUUCCGUGCACAUAAACCAUCAGUAAUUGAGCAUCCCGAUUUUAUAAAAUUCCUGAUAUGUCAACUAAAACAAGAAGAAAAGAAAAAUGAAGCGAAAUCUGCUCGAUCAGGAUGUUUCAAUACAUUACCUAAACGACCUAAGAUCGACAAAUUCAAACAUCGAUGUGGUCCCAAAACUCAAAAAUAUCGAUAA